GUGGGCUCUUUCCAUAAAUCGCCUGUUGCUGCUUCCGGCUGGGCUGUGUGGGAGCCGGAAGUGGCUUCCUCGGUGGCGAGCGGAGUGGGGAAGAUGGCAUCGGGAGGCUCCCCAGUGGACCGCCUGCCCCCGCCCUUCCCUGUGGCAGAGGCGGCGGACGCUCCCUCAGGGGACAGCGACUCGGAUGGGGAGGACAUUUUCACCGGCAGCUCCAAAAAACCGAUGUCCCCCAAGAAAGAGUCCCCUGUACCAGUAAGAAGCAUCUCCACAGAAAAUGGUGUUCAGGAAGAACAGGAGGAUCAGGACCUAUUUGCAGAUGCCACUGUAGAAUUGUCUCUGGAUAGCACGCAAAACAACCAGAAGAAAGAGAAGGCUUCUGUGUUCAGUCCUGUCCCUUCUUUAGAGAAAACACCAAAUUCCUCUUCUAAGCACCAGUCAAAAACUUAUGAGGAGUUGGAAGAAGAGGAACAGGAAGACAGAUUUGAACUUUCAGUGGGAGUGAGUGAUCCUGAGAAAAUCGGGGAUGGUAUGAAUGCCUAUGUAGCCUACAAGGUGUCAACACAGACUACUUUGCCAAUGUUCAGGAAUAAACAAUUCUCGGUGAAGAGGAGAUUUAGUGAUUUCUUGGGCUUGUAUGAGAAGUUAUCGGAGAAACAUGCACAAAAUGGAUUCAUUGUCCCCCCACCUCCUGAGAAGAGUUUAAUAGGAAUGACCAAAGUUAAAGUUGGGAAAGAAGAUUCUUCCUCCACAGAAUUCCUAGAAAAACGGCGAGCUGCCUUAGAAAGGUAUCUUCAAAGAACUCUCAGUCAUCCAACCAUGCUGCAGGACCCAGAUGUCAGGGAGUUCUUGGAAAAAGAUGAGCUUCCACGAGCGGUUGGCACCCAAACAUUAAGUGGAGCUGGGCUUCUGAAGAUGUUCAACAGAGCUACUGAUGCCGUCAGCAAAAUGACUAUCAAGAUGAAUGAGUCGGACAUUUGGUUUGAAGAGAAGCUUCAGGAGGUGGAAUGCGAGGAGCAGCGCCUGCGGAAGCUACAUGCUGUUGUAGAAAUGCUAGUUAAUCACAGAAAAGAACUGUCGCUGAAUACAGGUCAAUUUGCAAAGAGUUUAGCCAUGCUGGGGAGUUCAGAGGACAACUCCGCCCUGUCCCGGGCACUCUCCCAGCUGGCUGAGGUGGAAGAGAAGAUUGAACAGCUGCAUCAGGAACAGGCCAACAAUGACUUCUUCCUGCUGGCUGAGCUCCUGAGUGACUACAUUCGCCUUCUUUCUGUUGUAAGGGGUGCCUUUGACCAGCGAAUGAAGACCUGGCAGCGUUGGCAGGACGCCCAGAUCAUGUUGCAAAAGAAACGAGAAGCGGAGGCUAGGCUCCUGUGGGCCAACAAACCAGACAAACUCCAGCAAGCCAAAGAGGAGAUCUCGGAGUGGGAGUCUCGGGUGACACAAUACCAGCGGGACUUUGAAUGGGUAUCUGCUGUUCUCCGCAAAGAGGUGUUACGUUUUGAGAAAGAGAAAACAAAAGAUUUCAGAACUCAUGUGACCAAAUACCUGGAGAUGCUGUUACAUUCACAACAGCAGCUUGUGAAGUCCUGGGAAGCAUUCCUACCGGAGGCAAAGGCUAUCUCCUAACCAGGCCAAGCCAACUCAUGCCCCUGGACUGACUUUGCCUUUACUACGUUAUACCUCUUGGCCUUGCACAUGGAUCCUGCAGAGCUGAGACUCCACACCCAAAGGAGCAGCUUCUCCAGCUAGUAACUCUUCUUCUAACUGUAUAUUUUUUCGUUUAGGUUCAUAUACACACACACAAGCACACACACACACAUAUAUAUAUAUAUAUAUAUUUUCCUAUUGAAGAGACUAGUUCCCUGCUUAAAAAGUCAAGGCCCGCGGUAGGUAGACGACUGUGGGCGCAGGGGUUAAUGUGUAUUCUUUUGGACUUUGGUAUUGGGCCCAGGAAUGUUUCCUGCGACUCCUGUGGUACCAUGACAACUAUGUAAUAAAACUUACAAUCAGGGCAAA